AUGGUUGCCAUUGUGGCUUCAUAUCCUCAACCUCAUGGACAUGAAGAUCAUCAAGUACCGCACUACCACUUCAAAUACGGCGUCCACGAUCCCCACACCAAAGACCACAAACACCAGGACGAGGAACGUCACCACGAUGACGUCAAGGGAGAGUACACCAUCCACGACCCCGAUGGUACCCACAGAGUGGUAAAAUACACUUCCGACAAGCACAAGGGUUUCACCGCUGAGGUACAUCGCGAAGGGCAUGCCCAACAUCCUGCCCAUCACGGCAAGCAUGGUGAGCAUGGCGGUAAAGGUGGUACCAGCUACGUAGGAGUAACCCAUUGGGGUCACGGGUCUGGUAAAUAA